ACCAUUUGCUUUCUUUCAUACUUUUUCUAGCAUGGUGACAUUCAAACUUCCUUCGUCUAUGCUUCUCUUACUUCUUCUACUCAAUAAUAUUUUUCUAUGCUCAGCUGAAGUUCUAUACAUUCCAGUCACUAAAGAUGCAACAAGCCUACAAUACAUUACAGAAGUAGGUCAAAGAACUCCUUUAGUCCCCAUAAAACUCUUAGUCCAUCUUGGUGUAGGAAGCUUAUGGGUAGACUGUGACAAGGGUUGUAUAAGUUCAACUUACAAACCAGCUGUGUGUAAUUCCACACUGUGCUCUUAUUCCAAGUUUCAGUUCUGUGGAGACUGCAAAUUCAAAACUCAACUGCAGCCUGGAUGCAACAACAAUACUUGCUACAUUUGGGGUGACAAUCCCUUGAUCAAUACUUAUUACGACCGCGCAGAAGUUGCUGAGUAUGUUUUGGCCAUUGACUCUACUCCUGGUGUUCGUGUCACUUGGCCGCGAUUUAUUUUCACUUGCCUUCUUGAGCGCGAUAUGAUGAGACUCCUCGAGAAUGGAGUCACAGGUAUUGAAUUUCACUGGGUGAAUUCCUCAUUUUAUAAUUUAAAAUUGGGCCGUAAACGUUUCAAUCAACUAUUGAAUCAAAUUUAUAUGUACUAUGUAUUUUUACAUUUGUGCCACAAAAUUUCUUCCAGUCGACCUCAAAAUCUCCAUUGCUUUCUCUUUUCUCCCCUAAAAUCCUCUCACAAAUACAAGAUAAACUUUGCUGACGAAAAUCGUGAGCUGAGGUAGAGGCACAAUGACAAUAAUAGAAUAGAAGUUGGUGGUUGUCUCCGGUGUCAUCGAUGGGGAUUCAUUACUAAAAAUAACUAUUUUUCCAUUUGAAAUUCCCCACUGAAAAUUAUUGAGUAAUUGUUUAUACGGAAGUUUUGACUGAUCGAGAUGAGCAAAAAUUGUAAUGCAAAAAUUAGGAUACUUUCCGCUAUUUCAAUGGAAAUAUCUUUUUUACCA